CCAGUAUAAUAUCCCCGCAGCUCGUCACGAAUCUUCAUAGAUUGCGCAGUUUGCCGCUGAGUACAGAAUACUAAUCGCCAGAGUUAUAUUGAAGCUAUUCCAGGAAAUCAACAUUUAGCCAUGGCCAACUACAUUCACGUACCCGACGAGGCUCCAGCUGUGCCCAAAAUAGAUGUGACAGUUGACGAGAGCGACUACAGAUCCGGUGCACUGAGCCUUAUCAAGGUGCUGAGACCGAGCUGGAAGCCAUCGGAGGUCAAAGUGAAGUUUUUCACAGACGGAAUAACCAAUAAGCUGCUGGGCUGCUAUGUGGGUGCAGUCAUGCAGGAUGUGGUCCUGGUCCGUAUUUACGGCAACAAAACGGAGCUGUUGGUUGACCGUGAAAAUGAGGUGAAAAGUUUCAGGGUACUACAUGCACACCGCUGUGCUCCACGCCUAUACUGUACCUUCAACAAUGGCCUGUGUUAUGAAUUUCUGCAAGGAACGGCGCUGGAGCCUGAGCACAUUCGCAGCCAGCCUGUUUACAGGCUUAUUGCCAGGCAGCUGGCCAAGUACCAUGCCAUCCAUGCCCACAAUGGUUGGGUGCCCCAGUCUGACCUAUGGCUGAAGAUGGGCAAAUACUUUGCUCUCAUCCCCAAGUACUUAAAGGACCCUGAGCAGAAUGCUAGGUUGAGUAUGGAGGUGCCCAGCCCACAGUGCCUCCGGGAAGAGCUAGUGUGGCUCCAGCAGAGCUUGUCGGUGCUGGGCUCCCCCGUAGUUCUCUGCCACAACGACCUGCUCUGCAAAAACAUCAUUUAUAACCAGGAGUCAGGCAAUGUAAAGUUCAUUGACUACGAGUACGCUGGGUACAAUUACCAAGCCUACGACAUUGGGAACCAUUUCAAUGAGUUUGCUGGCCUGAAUGAGGUGGAUUAUAGUCACUAUCCAGAUCGGGCCUUUCAGCUGCAGUGGAUCCGCUCCUACCUGGAGGUCUAUAAGGAGCACAAAGGCCAGAGCAGUGAAGUGACUGACAGCGAGGUGGAGAUUCUUUAUGUCCAAGUCAACCGAUUUGCCCUGGCAUCUCAUUUCUUCUGGGGUCUCUGGGCUCUCAUUCAGGCUAAGUUCUCCACCAUCGACUUUGACUUCUUGGGAUACGCAGUCCUGCGCUUCAACCAGUACUUCAAAAUGAAAUUGGAGGUGGCUUCGCUGAACUUACCCAAAUAAAAGCCCCCACCCCCUCAUCUUCUCAUCCUCCUGCUCUUCUCCCUUCCAACCUGCGCUGCGCCUCACACAAUGACUACAGAGCGCCCUCUUGGGGUUUAUGUAGGGAAGAGCCAGACAGAGAGUAUGUCCUGUUAAACGCCUCUAUAGAUUGAAUGGAGCACAAUCUUAUCCAUCAUCUGCUGUUACACCUUCGUGACAGGAGGUAGCCCAAAGCAUUUGUACUGUGGGUAUGUGAAGUAGAGACAUAAGACCUGCUAUAAUGUGAAGCCCACAUAGCUAAAUUUAUUGUGGUCAUUUCAGUGGUUUAUAAUAUCAAUUGGGAUAUUAAGAUUUUCAGCAUAUUGUCUUUGUAAGCAGCUUUUCUUUUUGCUCAGAUGACUAUAAAGACAGCGUAGGUGGAAUGUCACCUCCUUAUCAACCAAUAUAUAGUAACCACCUACAUGACUUUAGGCCCAAACAAUAAUGUGAUUGCCUGGAGACACUUUCCUCAUAUUCACAGUCAUGGGGGAAACACCUUGAGAGCCAGCCCAGCUAAUGACCAAAUUUAUGACACAACAUUAAAGCAAUACAAAGCCUGCUUUGUUUGCUGAGGAACAAACAUGGGAAAAAAAGUGAAACAAAAAAAAAUGCCAACAAGGAAAGGCCAGUGCUGUCUCUUAAUCACAUGUGAUAUGAGCCACACAGUGCAAAAAAAACUCCAACAAACUUGUGGCCCGCCUUGUGACUCCCCCUUAUUUUCUCCAGCAUGGGUAGUGCUCUGAAAUAACUAUGAAGUCAUUGUUGCUGUGUUGUUUGGUGAGAGCUUGUGUGUUUUUAGCUUUCUAGACUGAAGGUAGAAACAUCGAGUUGUAGGAGCGCAUGUUGUGUUUACAUCUAACCUCUCCCUUGAGUUAAAUAAUUGUACUGAUCAGUCUUUUGGCUUGAGGGAGAUUUUCACUGUAAUGUACAGUUCAUGUUUGAUGACAAUUGGUUUUUGUCUACAUUUUAACUGGGGACAAGCUUGCAUCUUACUGUAUUUUGAACAUUCCGUGUUCACAAUGGUAGACAGGAAAUUUGGUUGGAGUUUACAUGGUAAGUCAGCAGUCCGGGGGGGGGCUCGAUUCACUGUGACACUGACUGUAAGAAAUGCUGUACAAAACGAGACCAAACCAUUAUAUGUUGUCUGCUCCAUGUCAGGGAAAGUUUUGGAAUCAUCUUUAAUAUUACAAAACACUGCUGUUCACUUCUAAUGGACUAAAAACGGGCCAUUUUAUAUACUUAUAGACCAGUUUUUAUUCACGUGUGUUAUUAAGAUAAGUGUGAUAUGGCCUUGCUGACUAUCGGAUUGGUGAACCACUGUUAGCAUUUAUCAUUUUACACGUCCAAUGUUAAAAUGAAGGUCUGUAGAAAAAUGGAAUUUGGUUGACUCAACUUGUCUAAGUAAGAAUCAUUUGUGUGGAGUACACAUCUGUCAGUAACUUCUUGAUAUUCAUUCUUUAACCUUCAUGUUAAAUGUAAAUGUUUAAAAACUAAAACAAGUUCAUCUCGGUUACUUAAACAAGCCUACACCAAAGUGCUGACAUUUCUUUGCUUGUACAUAAUGCACACUGUAUCAUUUUUUUUCAUGUAGCACAAAGAUAAUUAGAAUAACAAUUACAGACUUUUUAUACUAAGUGGAAAUGUUGAAGUUGAGUCAGUGUGUGGAUGUCUGCUGAUGCAGCAACAGAUUACUUUUGAGCCUAUUGGGGGGGGUGAUUGAAGUGCUCCUGAUUUUCACCCUCUUAAGUAAUUUCACCAUAAACAUCACAUGUAAAAUGUGGUGAAACAAGUUUUUUUGUUUACUCCAAAACAGUGUGUUUGCCAAGAUGGUCUCUACUGUAAUAAGUUUGCAAAGCUUUGUGAAGAGACCAUUAUUGACAACACUGAAUUGUCCACUCCAUGUUAACACUCCCGCACAGUAGUAGCUAAGGCGUAGACAUUGAAGUGUUAAGUCUACCCUUUUGCCUGUGAGAGCUUAUUUUGUACUGUAGUUUGAAUGUUAGGCCUGUUACUUCACUUCUGUCUUUAAUUCAGUGUUGCAUGUCUUUCAUGCCGGUCAAUUAAGAUGGAAGAAUUAGGAGAAUCCGGUCUAAUGUUUGAAAUGUAUGUACGUUGGCUAUUCACAAGUGUGAAAAUUGUCCAUAAGUGUAUUUCAUAGUAAAUGGUUUUGAUUAAAUCAAAGGUUUGAGUUGUGUUAGGGGAACAUGUUAAGGGUGAAAGAUUGUUUUCUGUUUUUCCCUUUUACUACACAGACCGACUGCAGUUUGUCGAUCUACUGCAACAUAAUCUGAAUUUUCAAAAUUAUACUGCUGAAAUAUUUGCUAUAGGCUUUAUUACCCAAUUUAUGUGAAACAUGAACCUCUACAUUUCACAGGUGUGUGUUUGUAUUUAACACUGUAAAAAGUCUGUUGAUAAAUCUCUCUGGCCACUUUAGCAUAUGUUUAUAUGUACAGUGAACUAAUGUGACAUCUUUUCUUCUCAAAGGUAAAUGAAUGUACAUAGUAGGAGUUCUUUUAUUUUUUGUUUUCUAAAAGUUGCAUUAAAGUGAAUAGUUGCCUGAGGUAAGGGGUGAAAUUAAAAAGAAGACUUUUUCAAUACUGUAAACAUGAUUUGAAAAAUAAAGUCUAUUUACCCAGUCUA